CCCAAGUGGCAAACCAAUCGCAGCUAAGAGCCGACGCGACCGAGGCCGGCUUGCCGGCACCGGCCGGCGCCCAGUUUCCCCCCACUUCCGAUUUCCUCUCGGGCUGUCACGUCGAAGCACACCGAACGCCUUGUCCGCAUCGCUCCCUCUCGCUCUCUGUGUUUCUUCCUAUAUAAACGCGCGCGCGCCCACGGGCAUCGCCGAGUCCGUCCUGCGAACUCUACCAUCCUGUUCCGUUCCGUCCUUGGUUCGCUGCGCGUCACGGCCGCGCGAGGAUGAGCUACUACGGUCAGCAGCAGGCGCCCGUGACAGCGUACCCGCCGCCGGGAGGCUACGCAGCGACGGCGCCCCCGCUGCCGGCGGGGCAGCCGUACGUGCAGCCGCCGCCGAUGCAGGCGGGCUACGUGCAGCCGGCACCGCCGGCGGGUUACCCCGGCAACUUCAGCGGCGCCAUGAUGAACCCGCCGCCGCCGCAGGUGGUGGCGCCCCAGACGCAGAGCCGCGGCGACAAGACCUUCUGGGAAGGAUGCUGCGCGGCGCUUUGCUGCUGCUGCAUCCUGGACAUGUGCUGCUAAGCCUGGCGAAACCACAAGUGCAUCGAACCAUGGCGUGCUCUCCAUUUGUAAUAGAGUCCGUUUGUAAUACCUCGAGAAUAACUAGCGUGUGAUACCUGACACGUUACUCAAAUACCAUCAGUUUUAUUAU